GGCGGGGAAGCAAGGUACUGGGGGAAACUUAGCUAUUAGUGUAGCAGGGUCAUGAAGAAGAGGCGGCGGCGGGAGGAAGGAGGAGGCGGCGGGGGUGAGAAACUGCGGUAGCUGCCCGCUGGCCUGGUGGCGUGGCUGUGUGGAAAGGGCGUAGUUCUUAAUCCCUUCCCGGGCAGCGGCCGGGGCUCGGGGCUGAGAGCGGCCUUGGGGCCGCCUCCCCGGGCCCCCUGGCUCCGCCAUGUUCCGCAGGGCACGCCUUAGCGUGAAGCCGAAUGUCAGGCCUGGUGUAGGCGCCAGGGGUUCCACCGCCCCCAACCCCCAGCGUGGACAAGAGGCACCCAGGCCCCAGGAUCCUGCAGCGGCCUCCUCCCCGAAGCCAGCGGAGUCUACAGAUGUGCCCCCGAGGGAUUGCGGGGGAUCUGAACCCCAAGAAAAGGCUCCCAGGAGCAGUGAUGAAAAGACUGACAGUGAGAAUUAUGUUGAAGAAUCCAGUAAAUCUUCCUCUACUGUUUCACAGAGAAGAAAGAGAAUAUCAAGUACUCCUACUCUGGUUAAGCCUGGUGUCACUGUUCCUUCAGAAUCUCAUCCCUUAUCUACAGUUAAUCAAGAAGUUGCACAGCCGAACCCUGUUUCAACAAAAGAGAAACAGCCAUGUUCAGACAGAUACCGAUUAUAUAAAGCCCAGAAACUAAGAGAAAUGUUAAAAGAAGAAUUGAAGAAAGAGAAGAAGCAAUGGAAAAACAAAUAUGCCAUAAAUGAAAGUCAGAAGCCACCAGAUCGUUCAAAAAUGACUAUGAGAGAUUUCAUAUAUUACCUGCCAGAUAAUAAUCCAAUGACUUCUUCCCUGGAACAAGAAAAGAAAACUGAAAAAUCUUUGACACCAGUCCAGACAAGAGAGCAAGAAGGUAAGAGUACUCCUGAUACUGCAGAUAAUGAAGAACUAGAAGAAGAGGUGGAUGAUGGGCCAUUGCUGGUUCCUCGAGUAAAAGUGGCAGAAGAUGGUUCCAUUAUUUUGGAUGAAGAAAGUUUAACUGUAGAAGUUUUAAGGACAAAGGGCCCCUGUGUGGUUGAGGAAAAUGAUCCCAUAUUUGAACGUGGUUCUACAACUACAUAUUCCAGCUUUAGGAAAAGCUAUUAUUCUAAACCAUGGUCAAAUAAAGAAACAGAUAUGUUUUUUUUAGCCAUCAGCAUGGUAGGAACUGACUUUUCUAUGAUCGGACAGCUUUUUCCUCACAGAGCAAGGAUAGAAAUUAAGAACAAAUUUAAACGUGAAGAGAAAACAAAUGGAUGGAGAAUAGACAAAGCCUUUCAGGAAAAGCGCCCUUUUGACUUCGAUUUUUUUGCUCAUUUGCUUCAGAAAGUUCUUGCUGAAGAAGAGAAAAGAAAACAAAAAUCUGUUAAAAAUCAGAGUUUAAAGGAGAAGAAAUCCUCUAAGCCAAGGAAAAAUGUAAAAGUGAAAAAAGUUGCCAGUGAAGGAGGAAAUGAUGAUCCAGAUGUAUCUCCAAGCACCAGAAUUUCAGACACAGAACCAUCUCAAAAGGAUGCUCAGAUAGUUGAAGAAGAACAGCACUCUCAGACUUCAACAGCACAGGAUUCAGAACAGAUUGCAUUAGAAACAGACCUAAAUCAAAAGAAAAGAAGAAGAAAGAAUCAGGAUGAAGUUGGUCAACAAGAAGUAAAAAAUCUUUCAGAAAAUGCCGCUGUUCAGUUAGGUCAUUCUAAAGGAGAAACAUACGAAAAUAAAGGUCAGUCUUUAAGGGAGAUAAAUGAAGAUGAAGUCAAUAAGGAACAGAAACUUUCUUGCAUACAGAAUAUGGAUGACAUUGUGGAUUUAUCCUCCAGUGAAAAAGCUGAGAAAAGAACUGACCCUAUCCUUUCAUCAAGUGGUCAACAAGAUGCCACAUCAUUAGGAACUGAAGCUUCAGAAUCAAGCCCUUCAGGUUUGCCUUUAUCAGAAGCUGGAAUUAGUGCACUGUGUGAGGUGAAUAAUGUUGAAAGGAAUUAUACAAAAGAAAGCAGUGUUGACCUAAAAAAUAAAUCAUUGGAAACAGAUCAGUCAGGAAAUGUUAAACUAAUGGGAAGAAGACAACUACAGAGACCUAAACCAAAUUUAUCAAGGGCAGUUGGGAAGAAAUCUGUUCUUUCACAAGGUAAAACAGAUGCAGAGAGCAAGAGUUUACAUGCAGAAACUUCAUUUGAAAAGAAUCAUAUGGAAGAGGAUAAAGUGAAUACAUUGGACAUUUCUGGAAUGGAGAAUAUAGAGAGAGAGAACUCAGAAGCUGAGACUGUAUCUAUUUCUGGUUUGAGUGAAAAAAUUGGUCUGCAGGAAGAUGAUCAAACAAAGACUGUCAGACCAGCACGACUAAUGAGGAGCCGAUUGCAAAGGCCAAAGCCAAAUGUAGGUAAAGCUGCUGAAAGAAAAAUUCUAGCAUCACAGGAAAAAAUUGAGGCCAAUGUAAAAAAGAAUGAAAGUGAAUCCUGUGUUGCUAGAGAUAGUCCUGAACAAGUAGAAGAUCAGUCAUGUAAAAACGUUGACUUUGAAGACAUCACAUUACAAUCUGAGAAAGAAGAUAAUUUUUUCCAAAUGAAUGUUAAUGAAUGUGUAAGUAUUCAAGAGGAUAAGAAGGUCCCUGUUCUAAAGACUCGAUUUCAGAAACCAAAGCCAAAUAUAGGAAGAGGAGCUAGAAGAAGAGAAAUUUUCUCAAAGAAAGAGGUGUCAGAGGAGAUUGAAUCUGGGCAGUUUGCAGCACCUUUGAGAGAAAUUAUAAGAAUGGAAGAAACCUUACCAAGGGAGAGCAUAUCAGUGGAGGCUAAUUCUACUAAGGAAAAGGAGUCCUAUUUAGGGAAAACUGAAAGAGACAAGUCUCCAAGAGAGAAGAUACCAGAAAUGAUGUCCAGCACUGUGGAAAUGGAGGCAGAUUUGAAAGAAAUAGGAGGAGAGGUUUCCCCAAGGGACACUAUAUCAGAGGUGUCUGAUAUCACUGAGGAAAGAGUGAAGAAUUUGGAAGAAACUGGAAGAGAGGUUUCCCCAAGGGAUACUGUAUCAGACGUGUCUGGUGUCACUGAGGAAAGAGUGAUAAAUUUGGAGGAAACUGGAAGAGAGGUUUCCCCAAGGGAUACUGUAUCAGAGGUGUUUGAUGUCACUGAGGAAAGAGUGAUAAAUUUGGAGGAAACUGGAAGAGAGGUUUCCCCAAGGGAUACUAUAUCAGAAGUGUCUGAUGUCACUGAGGAAAGAGUGAUAAAUUUGGAGGAAACUGGAAGAGAGGUUCCCCCAAGGGAUACUGUAUCAGAGGUGUCUGAUAUCACUGAGGAAAGAGUGAUAAAUUUGGAGGAAACUGGAAGAGAGGAUUCCCCAAGGGAUACUGUAUCAGAGGUGUCUGAUGUCACUGAGGAAACUGGAAGAGAGGUUUCCCCAAGGGAUACUGUAUCAGAGGUGUCUGAUGUCACUGAAGAAAGAGUGACAGAUUUGGAAGAAACUGGAAGAAGAAAAAUAUCCCUGCAGGAAAAUGCCCCAGAGGUCAGCACUAUAGAUGAAGUAGAAACAAAUUUAGAAGAAACUGGAAGUGAGGUUUCUGUAAGGGAAAAUGUACCAGAGAUUGUUGAUGCCAUUAAGGAGAGAGAAACACAUUUGGAAGAAACUGAAAGAAGAGAAAUAGACAUAGAAGAAAAGGCCCCAGAGGCUAAGACUCAAGGUGAAAUGGAGACAGAUUGGAAAGAAAUUGAAAAGGGAUCUUCCCUGGGGGAAAAGGUACUAUUGGGGAUCAGUGCCAUGGGGGAAAGGGAGAUUGAUUUGAAAGAAACUGGAGAAGGAGAUCUUUCCCUGAUGGAAAAGGUAUCAGGAAAGACGGCUGCUAUUGAAGAAACAGAGGCAGAAUCAAAAGAAACUGGAGACAUUUCCUUAAAGAAAAGCAGAUCAGAAGAGAUUAGUGCUCCUGAAGAAAUGGCUGCAGAUUUGGAAAAAACUGGAAAAAUAGACAUUUCUUUAAGGAAAUAUGGAGCAGAGGAGACCAGGACCUCGAGACAAAAUGACACAGAUUUAAUGCAGAGCAGUAGUAGUUGCUGCAACACUAUGUCUUCACUUACUAUCAAAAAUGUUAGCAGUGAAGUACUAUCCGUGGUGCAAACACCUGAAGAAGAAGAAAAUUCUGAAAAGGAACUGUCAGGUCACUUGAGUUGUUUGGAGACUUCUUUACAGACUUCUGAACCUGAUAAAACAGACGACCAGGGGAUGCUAUCUCCAGAUGUUCCAGAGCAGUUUUCAAAUACUAAUUUAAGCAAAUCUCUUCCUCAAGAGCAGAAGCCACCUGAAGUUAAACCAGCACCUUUUAUGAGAAGCCGAUUCAAGAGACCAAAACCAAACUUAGCAAGAGCAACUUUAAAGAGAGAGACUACAGAAGCAGAAAAAUAUGUACGUGGGAAGAAAUUGGAAACUGAUAAAACUGAGACUGUUGUGGUGCAGCAGACCAGUGAACAGGUGAACACUCUCCCUUCUCAACAUGGUGUGGCUUCCCUAAUGACAUCAAGAGAAAAAGACAAAUCAGGUCACAGGGAGGAGGAGACUGUAAUAUUACCAUGUAUACAGCCUGAAAAGGACCUUUCACCUUCAAGUUCUUGUAAUCCUGAAGCGAUGUCUCAGCCUGUACAGACCCAGGAAAAGGAAUUAGUUGUUUCUAUGGGGUCUCCUAGAACAAACACUUUUCAACAAGAAGUCAAGGAAAGCGUUAUCCCAACUGCUCGAAUAGUAAGGAGCCGACUUCAGAGACCCAGACCAAACAUAACAAAGGCUGGACCGAGGCAAAUAGAAAAAGGUGAAGCUGAAGCCAUAAUUAAGGAAGAAAGAACAGUAGUACAAAAGGAUGAAACAAAAAAGUUCUUGACUGUGCCAAGCUCUCCAGUUGGAACUGAAAUUGAAGUUGUAUCCUCCAAAGUUUCAGAAGGUAUAACGUGUGAAAACCAGAGUCACAUGGUCCUUGCAGAACCUCUUCAUCUUAACAAAAUAAAUGUUUUAGAUGAAAAGAUGAGACAUGAACCUAAAAGGUCUGUUCCUAGUCCAGCACAUUUGGUAAGAAGGCAGUUCCGAAAGGUUAAGCCAAAUUUGGGACGAGCACAUGGUAAGAAAGAUGAGCCAGGCAUAGAAAAAGACAGAGCGGAUGAGAGAGAGGCAAGGAAGCCAGAAGAUAAUUUGCUGCAGCCCCGAGAUUCUGACACCCACCUCCUUCAAAAAGAAAAGGCUGAGUUUCUGACAUCUUUGGAGGUUUCAGCAAGAAAAGAUUGUGUUGAUUCCACGGAGGCUAGUUUGGCCCAAAGCAGUGCUCAUUUAGAAGUUGGACCAUCAGGAAGUGUUGGAGGAAAAACUGUAGGGGAUAAUUCUGUAUCUUCAGUUGCUGAAGAGCAGUGUCUCAGUAAACUAUCAAGCUCUCCACAGCUAUUAAAAGAAUCAAAUUACUCUAAAAUUGGUCUGGAUCGAAGAAUAACUGCCUCUUCUACUUCUGAGUGUGAGGUAGAUCAUGGUGGAAGGAGAAUGCAUCGCAGGAUGAAACCAAGUGUCACCAGAGGGCGUGGAUCAAAACGAGUUCGAAGUAAGACCUCUAGGAAGGAACCUCGUGCUUCCAAGGCCACGCUGGUGACUCUUCGGGCUUCACAGGAAGAAGAUGAAGAUGAUGAUGAAGAUUUUGAGCCUGAUUAUGAAGAUGAAAGUUACCAUCUUGCUCCAGAAGAAGUAAACAAAGCUCCAGUGUUUGUUCCCAUUGGUCUUAGGUCUCCCGAACCUGUUUCUGCUCAGAUUGAGGAAACAAUGGAAGAGCUUGAAAUAACUGUGAAUGUACCAGAUAUAGGCAUAGCUGUUGUUGAACAUCCACUGUCAAACACAGAUGUGACUACUCAGGAGAUGAGACAAGAAGAAAAUUUGAAGGCAUUAUCUGUCGAAAUGAACACAGAUGAACAUACCCAAGGUGAAACAGGUACCAGUGAUGGAAGCACUGAAGCUGCUAUAACGUUACUUGCAAUGGGAGAUCUAGUGUUGCAGUCAGAGAUCGGGGCAGAACAGAGUGAUGGAGUAUGUGUACUUCUUGAUGUUCAUUCAAAGGAUAAAAGCUGUGUUCCUUUUAGCCCAGAUAAUGUAAAUCACAAAAUUGUUCGUGAAUGUCAGGAGCUUUCUUCACCUGUCAAUAGUACAUCUCCUUCUUCAUUAGAAGAAAACAAGAUUGUAUUGGAAGAGCAAAGUACUAAAGAAGAAAUUGGUUUAGUGGAGAAAGUAAAGGAAAACGCUGUAUCAACCAGGAAUACAGCUUCUGAAGUGACCAGUAAUUUGAGAAUAAGAAGUAGAUUUGCCAAGCCUAAACCAAAUCUUAAGACUUCAGGGACCAGUAGAUUUGGUGUUCAUCAGGAAGUUCCCAAUUUGUUUAUAAACAAAGGAGAAAUGGUAGAAAGUCAAAGAGAAACUGAGAAAAAUAUUUCUGAAUCAACGGAAUUACAAGAUGAAAACCUUGGAUCACUUAGAACAGCAGAGAGUAAGGAGCAGAGCAAAUUGGCUUGUGAACAUGGUAUUGGAGAGACUGCUGUUUCUCAAGAAGCAAAUCUAACUGAAAGAAAUGAUGAUCAGGAAGAGGAAUCUCAAAAGGUUCAGAUAUCAUCAGUUGCUCCAGUUUCCUUUGAGACAAGGCCCCAUAUACUUGGUUCAGAUGUGGUUCUCCCUGAGAGUUCUGUCGAAGAGCCCCAGGGAAAGGACUCUAAUGGAGACAAUGUGCUUGCUCUUCAUAUGUCAGAGGAUACACUAACUAGUAUGCCAGAAGUCCAACAAGAGAAUGUAAUCAGUUCUCAAGACUUAACAGUGAAUCUAGUUGCUAAUGUACAUCAAGAUGGUGAGGAUGAACAAGCAUUCAUUUUAACUCUGGUGGAAAUCCCAACCAAUGCUGUAGAAGAAUUUAGUGAUACCAGUGCACAGUUAAUGCCAAACCCUUUACUGCCAGCACCCAUAUUGAUCAGAUCCGUGAAUACAGAAGAAAGGAGUGACAUGAGUGUGAGUUUUCCAGUAACUUCAGUUGGUCAGAAUACCAUGUGUUUAUCUGAUCCUGGAAAAGAUGAUUCUGAAGAGCCUCCUCCUGCUAAUUUGGAUCUUAUAUCUAGGAAGAGAUUUCACUGUAUGCUUGAAGAAAGUGACCAGGUUCCUCCUCCCAAAAAAAGUUUGCUCACUUCAGGAGAUGAUUGUCAAAAUUAUACCUCGGAGGUGUGUUCAAAGGAAAUGAUAAAUGCUUCUGAGGAAACAGGGGAGUCUUACAAGGAACAAGGUAUCUUUCCUACCUCAGGAAGCACACAUAUAACUCCAGAACCUCAGAAAGAGCAACUUGAACCAGCUUUUCAGAGUAUAGGAUCUGGGUCUCUUGAUAAAAUAACAGAUACACAUAUAGAAAAAAGUACAUCUCAGUUACCUCAGGAUGAGAGGAUUGUGUCUGCUAAGGAGGAGGGAACUUGUGCUGCUUCGAAGUCUGAACAAAUGAAUAGCAUUGCAUCAUCUUCAAAAACCCCAUUAUCCAGACCUGGCAGAAGACCCCUGGGAUUUUUGUCUUUAAUAUGUUCAAAGAAUAGUUUGGAGUCUGAUGAACCUACUCAGGUUUAUAAUAAGAAACGUCUAAAACCUCUUAUACCUGUAUCAAGAAAGAAUUUGAAAAGAUCAAAUCCACUCAGUGAAAGCCAGAAAAAAAUCCAAGAGUCCUCUGAUCAGCCUCCAUCUCCAAGUGUUGUUGAUACUCAAUCUGAGAAUACUGGCAGUUCAGCAACUCAGGCUUCUUGUGAUCGUCCCUUACCAAAAGAAGAAUGUAAAAGUAGCCAAAACCGGGUACCUGAGGAGGAGCCAACCACAGUCUCAGAAUAUUUCUUUGGUGAUAUCUUUAUCGAAGUAGAUGAAACAGAAUAAAAGUCUCUCUUUUUUUUUUUACUUUUUUUAAGUCUAGGAUUUCCAGAGUCAAAUAUCAACUAAGCAGUAUUUAGAAAAAAGCAUCACUGGCUAUUUUUCUUUAGAUUGAUUUUGAAUAUUUAAGAGCUUGAUUUGAAGCUUUUAUAAUCAGUGGAAAACAUUGCUGAGGUUCCUUUCAUUCUGAUUGAUUCAGCAUUUUGGAAAUACAAAGCAAUUGAGACUGCUUCUGAGACAGAAAUAGCUUCUCUUGUUCACAUUUUGACCCUUCCUGUGCUGAACACACGUGGACAUUUUGGAGCGCUGUGGGUAAACUCUCUAUAAAUCACAGUGCCGACUUACUUGGAGGUGGAUUGUAUUUAGCAUUUAGUGAACUUCUUUUGUAAAGUUUUUUUUCU